UGCAGUGCAGACCAAACCCACAAAAGUAAGAGACAAGCCGCACAAUGGUAUUCUUCUGUUCAGUCUCUUAGUUAGUGAGUGCUAAACAAAGCAAGCUUUUUGAGUAAGCAAGCGCCUUUUUCUCUCCCUCAAAUCUCGCACCCCAUUAGGCCUCUCAUUUGGAAGUGCAUUUGCAUCAAGGGGUUGCUUAUUUCAGAUUUGGUGGUUAGGUUAAGAUGUUCACUGAAGGCCUUGACAGAAAUGCACUUCGAUGGGUUAGAGAGAAGGAAGUUCCAAUCUCAAACACUGGAUUGAGAUCUCGCAAUGAUCCCAUCAGUGCGAUGAAGAGUGGUGCUGGCAGAGGGUUUGGGUUACCACCCCCAGCAAAAUUCAGAAGUGGGCAUCUUCCUGCUAAUGCUAUACCUGUAUCAACAGCUGUGCCGGCCGAGACUGGAGAUAGCGGUUCAAAUUCUGAUAAUGAUGACAGCAUUGAAUCGGAGGAAGAAGUCUAUGGUGGCAGGUAUUCAUUGGAUUCAUCACCACAAGACCGUAGAGGUGUCAAUGGCGCUGCUAGGAGAUAUGGGAACGGGAACCUCACUCAAGGAGGACCCCGGUAUGUGAGUGAUUAUACAUACUCUGAGGUCAGUUCUUCCAGGGAAACACUGGUUGGGAGACCUGGUACUAUGAGGGAUUCGAUGAUGAGGGGGGCUUCAAACGUAAGGCAGAGUGGCUUCACGGAGGAUGAUUCAUCAGAUUCUGCAGCUAGCUCUGAAUUCUCUACCACGCAGGUAGGAGGAAGUAUCAAUGGGGCUCUGCCAAGAAGUAGAGCUUAUUUGUCCGAAGGGUAUGCUUCUAGUGUGCCUUCAAGGAUGAACGUGAAAAGUGCUGUAGAAAAGCCGCAGAAUGGGAGAAUAUCUGAUGAUGACGAUGACAUUCCCAGUGCACCCCCAUUUUGUGGUUCUACUCAAGAGAUCAGAACACACGAGGGAAUUCCUGCUUCUAGAGCACAUACUACUCCAAAGAAAGCAGCAUCAAGCACUUUGAAAUCUAUGCCUGGGGAUAAGAUAGAAACCCAUGUUGAAAAUGGGAGCCCUGAACAAUGUGUUAGAACUGCUACUGGUUCAGAGGCUGCUACAUCUUCAAAUUCACACCCACCCCGCCUGCCCACAUUUCAUGCAAGUGCUCUUGGGCCAUGGCAUGGUGUGAUUGCAUACGAUGCUUGUGUGCGUCUUUGCCUUCAUGCUUGGGCAAUGCAGUGCAUGGAAGCUCCUAUGUUUUUGGAAAAUGAAUGUGCUUUACUAAGGGAUUCAUUUGGAUUGCGGCAGAUACUAUUACAAUCAGAAGAUGAACUAAUGGUGAAGUGCAAUUCAGAGCUUUCCAGUGAGGGUGUUGCUCCAAAACCCAAAAAGCUUAUUGGCAAGAUGAAGGUGCAAGUUAGAAAAGUCAAAAUGGGCUUGGACCCUCCUACUGGCUGUAGCAUGUCAUCAUUAAUCACGGACAAAGUUAAAAUGGAAGCUGUGCGACAUCAUUUCUCCAAUUUGCAAUCAUCACUUUCAGCUGGAUGGCAAGCUCUCAGAAGAAUUAGAUUUGUACCACGCUUGCCUGCAAAUGGUUCCUUGGCGCGACAAAGCUUGGCUUAUAUGCAUGCUAGCACCCGCUACAUACAGCAGGUGUCUGGGCUCUUGAAAGUUGGUGUAACAACACUAAGGAAUAAUUCAUCUUCUUAUGAAGUUGUUCAAGAGACAUACUCCUGUUCCUUAAGGCUGAAAAGCACAGUUGAAGAAGAUGCCAUAAGAUUGCAGCCUGGAUCUAGUGAAGCCCAUAUGUUUUUUCCAGAUAGCCUUGGAGAUGAUUUGCUUGUUGAAGUUCAAGAUUCCAAGGGAAAGCAUUUUGGCCGUGUUCUUGUCCAAGUGGCUACUAUAGCUGAUGAUCCGGCUGACAAAUUACGCUGGUGGCCUAUUUAUCGCGAACCAGACCAUGAGCUUGUGGGCAAGUUACAACUUUAUAUAAACUAUUCUACUAGUGCAGAUGACAAUAGUCAUCUUAAGUAUGGUUCUGUAGCAGAGACAGUGGCAUAUGACUUAGUUAUGGAAGUUGCAAUGAAAGUUCAGGGUUUUCAACAAAGGAACCUAUUAUUGCAGGGUCCAUGGAAAUGGCUUUUGACAGAGUUUGCAUCAUAUUAUGGGGUCUCUGAGAUAUAUACCAAGUUGCGAUAUCUAUCUUAUGUCAUGGAUGUGGCAACACCAACAGCAGAUUGCCUCAACUUGGUGUAUAAUCUGCUAGCACCUGUUAUGAUGAAGGGUAGUGGCAAGACUUCUUUAAGCCACCAGGAGAACCGAAUACUUGGAGAGACCAAGGAUCAAAUAGAACAAAUACUUACUCUUGCCUUUGAGAAUUACAAAGCACUUGAUGAAUCAUCUUUCUCGGGCAUCGUAGAGGUUUUCAGACCAGCAACUGGUCAUGCAGCACCUGCCUUGGAACCUGCUGUUAAACUCUACAAGCUUCUUCAUGAUAUCUUAUCUCCUGAGGCUCAAAUUGCCUUUUGUCACUAUUUCCAGGUUGCUGCAAAAAAGAGGUCCAAAAGGCACCUGAGUGAAACAGAUGAAUAUAUUACGCAAAAUAAUGAAAGCAGUUUGAUGGAUGGCAUGGCUAUGACUACUGCUUACCAGAAGAUGAAAACCCUAUGCGUAAAUCUUAGAAAUGAGAUCUUUACAGAUAUCCAGAUUCAUAAUCAAAAUAUACUUCCUAGCUUUGUGGACCUGCCAAACCUUUCUGCUUCCAUAUACAGCACAGAGCUUUGCAAUAGAUUACGAGCCUUCCUCAUAUCUUGUCCACCUUCAGGUCCAUCAUCACCAGUAGCAGAACUUGUUAUUGCAACAUCAGAUUUUCAGAGAGAUCUUGUAAGCUGGAAUAUUAAUCCCAUCAAAGGAGGAGUAGACGCAAAAGAGUUGUUUCAUUUGUAUAUUCUUGUUUGGAUACAAGAUAAACGUCUAUCGUUGCUGGAGUCAUGCAAAUUAGAUAAGGUGAAAUGGUCAGGAGUUAGAACACAACAUUCUACUACUCCCUUCGUUGAUGACAUGUAUGAGCGGCUGAAGGAGACCUUGACAGACUAUGAGGUCAUCAUUUGCCGCUGGCCGGAAUAUACUUUGGUUUUGGAGAAUGCCAUUGCUGAUAUUGAAAAGGCCAUCGUGGAAGCUUUAGACAAACAAUAUGCAGAUGUAUUAUCUCCUCUCAAAGAAAGCAUGGCUCCGAAGAAAUUCGGGCUUAAAUAUGUCCAAAAACUUGCCAAACGAUCUACAUCUGCCUAUGGGGUUCCUGAUGAGCUUGGAAUUCAUUUGAAUUCCUUGAAGAGAAUGCUCGACACCUUGCGUCCUAGGAUUGAAUCCCAGUUCAAAACAUGGGGUUCUUGCUUGCCAAAUGUUGGAAACACUACACCUGGGGAGCGACUUAGUGAGGUGACAGUGAUGCUGAGAGCGAAGUUCAGGAACUAUGUGCAAGCUAUUGUGGAGAAACUUGCAGAGAAUACAAAGCUACAGAAUACCACAAAAUUGAAAAAGAUUCUUCAAGAUUCAAAGGAAACUGUGGUGGAGUCUGAUUUAAGAAGUAGAAUGCAGCCACUGAAAGAACAGUUAGCUGAUACCAUAAGUCACAUUCACAGUGUCUUUGAGACUCAUGUUUUCAUUGCUAUCUGUCGAGGAUAUUGGGAUCGUAUGGGACAGGAAAUUUUAAGUUUCUUGGAGAACAGAAAAGAGAAUAGAUCGUGGUAUAAAGGUUCAAGGGUCGCUGUUUCUAUUCUGGAUGAUACGUUUGCCUCACACAUGCAGCAGCUUCUAGGAAAUGCAUUGCAUGAGAAAGACCUGGAGGCACCAAGAUCCAUCAUGGAAGUUCGUUCCAUGCUAUGCAAGGAUGCUCCCAAUAACAAGGACAACACUUUUUACUACUAGGCCAAAACUACAUGUAAAUAUGAAGAGAGAUGAAUGAAUACACGGGGGUAAAAAGAGAAUGAAUGGGUCACCAAUUUUGUAGUAGGAGCAAGCAACUCAACUGCUCCCCCAGAAAGAUUCAUGUGUCUUUCAAUGGCAAUAGUAAUUCUUUUAACACAUGGUAUAUAUACAGUAAAUUACUCAUUGUAAUACCUGGUAGUAGUAAUAUAUUAAUUUAUUAGUUUCAUUUCCUUUA